GCGAAAUCGAAAUGGCGACAGCUGGCGCUGCAGACACUUCUGAAUUCCAGGAAAGCACGACGCUCAAGUUCGAAUGGACAUUAAGCGGGCUGAAGAACAUCUUCGAGUCCAGCAAGGGCGAUGCAAAGUCGAAGGUGUUGAAGUCCGCCAAGUUUGGAGGAGGACGCUGGCAGAUUCUGUUCUAUGCCAACUCUGGGACGACGGCCAACGGGGAAGGUGGGUAUGUGAGUUUGUACCUGUGGUGCGAGCCCACCGCGGAAGAGAAGGAGAACGCCGUCAACGGCAAAUGGGUCCGAGAGGGCCGGUUCAGAUUCUCGUUUGAGCUUCGCAAUCUCGCCAAGAUGGUGAUGUUCAAUGCAAAGGAGGCCCACGACCAUUCCUUUUCAUGGAAGACUGCCAACUGGGGCUGGGCCCAAUUCGCUCGCAGAGACACGGUAUACUACCUGUCCAACGCCGUCCGAAUGCAGGACGCUUUCGUGAUUAUAUGCACCAUCACGUCCUCGCCUACGCCGCCUUCUCCUCCUCCCCCAGCGAACCGGCGGAGCGUCCCGAAGGACCUACUCGAGUCCGUCGGCGGCCUGCUGAAUGAUCCCUUGUAUUCGGAUGUAGAGUUUGUGUUGCCCAGGCGCGGUGGUCAGCGGGAGUCCAGGACUGUCUAUGCGACCAAGCAUCUUCUACGGAGAGCGGAUUAUUUUGAUAUGAUGUUUGGCUCUGGGUUUGCGGAGGCUUCUACAGACGGCCCUACUCUCUCCGUAGGCCAAGGAAGCCACGUGGAAGAUGGCUCAUCGGACAUCGACAUGACUUCGAGGGAGUACGAGGAUUCGGAUGACGAGGAUGAGGACGCCACCGACAACGAUGCGGAGCUGGACAACCGCGAGGCAGCUGUUCCAGAGCUAGAGGACGCAAGGAUGAAGCCCGAUGUUAGCGAAGACCAUUCUGAGGAUGUUCCCAUGGACGGCGGCAAUGUGGCCGGCGCAUCCGGAGAGCUAUCGUCCGCGACCGAGGAUUGGCAGGAUGUGGAGACUACUCAGAUGGGCAUGGGCGCCCAGGAAGGAGCGAGGAAUGUACGCCCUAAAUUGCAGCAUCCGUCUAGCCCUAGGAGCUCCGAGGUGGGACUCCUAAGGCGAGCCGAGAACGGUUCGGUGACGACCGCUGGUGGAAGUGUCCCCGGACCUAGCAAGUUGAAAGUCAUCGUCCGCGACGUAGCAUACAAUACAUACCUCGCCGUGCUAUACUAUGUGUACACUGAUCACAUCACAUUCGCGCCUCUCUCGUCUGGCUUCCUUUCGGCGUCUACGCAAGUACCUGCGGACGCGCCCAUUUCGUCUGCAGGACAGAACACAUCGGACAGCGCGAAUAAUGCCGCGUCCGGGGUGCGCCCGACCGCGCUGAUGGAUAAGCACACCCGAUUUGCCUCCCGAAAGGAGUGGAUCCGUGAGUGGGCUCGCCAACACCCUGGGCUGCCGACGCCCUGCUCGGCGAAGGCCGUCUAUCGGUUAGCAGACAAGCUUGAUCUGCGAGAGCUGAAAGAACGAGCCUUCCAGCAUAUCGUGAAGAGCCUGACGGUUCACAACGUGCCGUAUGAGGUAUUCUCUUCGUUCUCCGCUACCUUCGAGGACGUCCGGAAGGUGCAAACGCAGUUCUUCUUGGAACAUUGGGGCGAAAUCGGGAAGACGGACGUCAUGCGCAACGUUUGGCCUCAGAUCAGAGCCGGGCGGCACCCAGGGUUCGAAGAAGUUUGGCCGCUUAUCGCGUCGAAUCUGGAAUAUAAACCUCCUGCAGCAGCUCCUCAAGAAGGUCAAAAUGGUGGGGGAUCAACCUGAGUAUGAUGGCCUUGCAUGGGAAGGAACGAUAGCACAUACGGACUUGUACUAUAGCUACAGCAUUCACACUCACGCCGACGGACUUCAGGGCUGUUCAAUGCAUAUCAUAAUCAUCAUAUCCGCAUCUGAAAGACAGUCCUGCUGUAACGAGGGUAUACAGGAUUAGCACCACCGAUGGUCCCACCCGCCCAAUAACCCAACACAAUAUGUGAUAGACCAAUAAAGGUGGCGAUCUGCGGAUGUUCUCAGUCGACGCUAGUGAGGCUUCCCUGAGAUGCUGUCUCGUCGUCUGUCGUCUCUGUACCAGUGACGCUAGUGGCACCAUCAUCGUAAUCCAAGUCCUGCUCGCCCGACUCCUGACUACCGUCCUCGUUUUGUCCCUCCGCCCCCAACGCCUCCCCGAAAGUGGUACUGCUACUCAUCAUCGCCCCGAAAGAUACGGCGCGCUCCAUCUGCGGCGUCGGCGAGUGCAUUCCGGGACCAUACCUUCCGAUGUUCAUGCUGCCGAAACCGUUGACGAGGGACCCGAGGGGUCUGCCUUGGCUUUGGUUGAUGGAGCUUGGGGUCGGCGUGGAGCUGCGUUCGGGGGUGCCGGGGUGGUUGAGGGAUGUACUACGGAGGGGGACCGGACGAGUCGGAGUGGGUGCGAUGGCUGCAACUACUGGAGGUUCAUGGUUGUGGGCUUCUGCGCCAUGGUCAUGAUCGUGCUCGUGCUCGUGCUCAUGGUCAUGCUCGUACUCGUGCUCAUGGUCGUGCUCAUGGUCAUGAUCAUGCUGGUGCCCAUGCUCACGAUGGUGAUGGUGACCGUCGUGAGGGGAAGGAUGUACAUGGGCGUGGGGGAAUGCGAAGUGAUGUUCCUCGGGAGUGCCCGGGUGGGGUACUGGGACCUGUGCAGGAACAAACAAUGUCUGUUCUUCAUAUUCCCCGACGCCGGGCUCCCGCAACUCUGGAGGCGUUGAGCCCGGUUCGCGGUCCGAAGGUUGAGGCGGGAUGCGAUGCAAUAAGCCGAACCCGAAUACGCAUCCUAGAAGGCCCUCUCCGCCCCAUUGGCGG